AUGCCGUUCGGCAAGUAUAAUUUGGCAACUUCGGUAGGGUUUGGCUUUGGGAGCAUUAGAGUAACAAAUCGUGGAGAUUUGAUCUUGCCGUUUGGCGACUUGGGUUGUGCAGUGCCGAUCGGCAGGUGCGGGCCGAGGAAGUGUUGCUGUGCUGUGAGCAUAUUGGUUGUGGCUGGACCCUUGCCGUUCGGCAAGGGUGUUUGGGUAGUUGUCGAGUGGUGGUGUUUCGGCUUCGGCGAAGAUUUGAUUGUGUUUCGAAAAUCCGAGUGGCUAGCCCUUGCCGUUCGGCAAGUCUUGGCCACGGUUGGCUGUGAUCGAAGCUUCGGCAGCUGUGUUCUCUCUCGGCAGGAAGUUUACGUCGGUGGGUUUGGAGAAUGGCCGAGAGCUAGGCAAGGUGCUGGCCGAGGGGGAUGUCGAGGUGCUGCCAAGGAUUUUCGAAGUUCCGUGGUGUCCGAAAGAGCUAGGUCUCGUGCGCAAGAGCCUGGUCUCCUUGGGCAGUUAGUGUCGAGCAAAGGUUGGGAUGAUCACGGGAGAUGCAGAGAAAUAUAUAGAGUUAGAGGUUAUAGCAAAUCGGGUUCUAGCCUUGCUGAGACGCAAGAAGUGGGUUCGAGCAACCAGGCAUCACCAUCAGGGUCUGUGGGUAUAGCCGUGGCUUCGGUGUCAGAGGGAUUAGACAUCCGGGUUGGUGUCCCGUUGCCGAGGCGUAAUACACUUACAGAAGCGAAAUUGGCCCAGCUACGAACAGAUUUUUGUGUGCCAGCCUAUGUGGGCUUGAGGUUACCCACGGAGGCUGAUGUAGUCAGAUAUCCCUCGGAUGGCUCCGUGAUGAUUUUUACAGAUAUGUAUCGGCAUGGCUUCAGACUACUGUUUCAUCCGUGGGUUCAUAUGAUGUUGGCCAAGUUGGGGUAUGCACCGGGGCAGUAUAAUCCCAACUUUUGGAUUCUUCUUCAUGGGGUGUAUAUCGCCUGGUGGUUGGCUGGGUUAGGGGAGCCAACGUUUGAGCAGUUCAUGUACCUGUACUCGAUUUCGAAGCAACAGGGGAAUUUUGGCUGGGUACAGGCCAAUUGCCGAAAGGCGAAGGAGAGGGGCUAUUUUAUUGGACACAAGCCCACAACGCAAAAGUCCUGGAGGAACAGGUGGUGCUUGGCUUAUGGGGACUGGGAAUGUCCUCCAGGGAAGAGCGUUGUCCAGCACAUUCCUACCCACUUCCAGUCCAUAGGUUCAGUGAAGUGGGGCCCUAUCUCCAAGGAGCAAGAAGACGAAGUUGAGUGGGUGAGGGCGCAGCUAUCAGAGACUGAGCGUGAGUGCGGGAACCUAGUCACGCAGAAGAAUUUGUUUGAGUCCGGACUGCUGCAAGGAAUGGCUGGCAUCAUAAGGGGGAGCACGAAGGUGGCCGUAGACAUUGAUGAGGCCGAGAUGCAGAAGCGGCUGAGGGAGUCUCGGGCCAAGAAAGCUGAGAAAAGUGCUGGGAAACGACCCAGGGAUGAGGAUGAGGGUCGGGUCGCGGACGUGCUGGGGAAGAGGAAGGCUUUGGAGGAGGCUCAUCAGCAUGUGAUGGGGUCAGGGCCGAGGCUUCCGCCCUUUGAUCUGCAGGCACCGCCGAAGCUACCCUUCGGCAUGGAGGAUGUGUUCGCUGAAGGGGUAGAGAAGGUAGACUUCGGCAGGCUACGCCAGCAGAAGAAGGAGGUCAACCUGGCUAUGCACCGGCAGGAGGUGCCCUUAGUGAACGUCUUCCUGGAAGGCGUGAAGAGCGACCCUGAGGCUCUGGCGAGGACUCCAGCUUCUUCCUUCAUUGACCGGGCCCAAAAGACGAUCCUCACCUCUGCCUAUGCCUUUGGCGAGAUGUACGUCAGCAUGGCCAAGGCUGACAAGGAGAUCCAGAGGCUGAAGAGGCGGGAUGAGCUAGCCAAGAGCAAAAUGGCGGAGGCGCAGGAGGCCAUCCGAGAGAAGAACGCCUUGCUGGUUCAAAAGGCGGCCCUGGCCAGGGAGGUGGAGGAGCUGAAGAGGUCGAAGGCCGAGGAGGUGGCUGCUGCCCGAGUCGAGGCGAUUGAGUCCUUCCGAUCCUCGGAGGAGCUGAAGAGCUAUAUCAUGGACCGACUGGUUGAUGAGCAGCUUCGCUGGGAAGAUAGGUUGGUUAGGUUCAACCCCUCACUGGAGAUUAACUUUGACACCAGUGGCGAGCCUCCUGCACAGACCCCUCCUGCUGAUGCUAGCGCCCCGACACCAGAGGCUGAGCCAGCCACUGAGGAUGCUCCUUCGACCGAGUCCUGAAGGCGUUGCCUUCGUGAUGUGUUAUAGCUAUUUUGUACUCUAGUGAUUGUGUUUGAACACUUGUUUGUUUUGUUUACUUUGGUUAUGUAUGAACAUUUGUCCUUGCCUGGAGCAAGGUUGUUUUUAUUUAUGAUAUGAACU